UUUUCGUUUUUGAUUAAUUGAAUUAGUAGUUUGUUGUUUUUUCGUCGUAAGCGACACAUGUUUGCACGUGUUUUCCUGUCCUGUGUCAUGACACGUGUGGUAAAAACCAAAAUUUGCUUACGUAAUGCUGGGUACUAUCGCGUGCGUUAUCGCCACCUUUGACCUCAUUGUAAAACGAUAAAACAUUCGUUAGUGUGAAUGUCUUCGGUGGGAAGCAACCGCAAAGCAGCUUUUUGAGGUGUGUUACAAACGCGAUAUUUACUAUGCCUCGAGUUGUGGAGAAUCAGCUUGCCAAGUUCAGAACAAAUCCUGUUUUUCAACAACUUCAAAGACAGUCUGAGAUAAAAUAUGCAUCUUAUUUGAAUUGUUCCAUUGAAGAAAGAAGAAUAAGAUUUUUCACAGAAUGUUAUCAGGGUACUUGUAAGAUAGUGUUCCUUAUGUCCCCCUUUAUAUUUAAUGGUGUAUGUGUUAAAUUCUACGGCUGGCUUGAGGUGGACAAACUACGAGGUUUUGGUCGUUUGCUAUUUGACGAAGCUUCCGCGCAGAUCGAAGACGAUUUUCUCCGGAAGAUUUUGAGACAACAACAGCGGAAUUUGGAAGUUGUGUCGACGGUGUCGGAAGGUGUUGCAAAAUCAAGCAGUAGCUGUCUACAUGAAAUUUGCAAGCCUAACACAGCGUAUAUCAAAAAUGAAACUUUUUGAUAGUCAAAGAAGCUCAUUUUUUAAAUCCUAAGGUAUUAAAUUAUAAAGUGGUUGUCUAGUUUUUGUCUUUAUAGUUCGACAAUUGACUUCACUGUCUUUAUUUGUCUUGUAUUUAAAGUUUAUCAAUACAUUAGCCACGUUUGCUUUAAGCUUGCUCACUUUAUGUCGUAUUGAAUCUGUCAGCAAUUACAAAACUUUUCUUAAGUUUCUCAAAUUUGGCAGUGGCACUCGUGUGCAUAUGGAUAAUGUCUGUAUUUUUUUUUAAAAAGUGUUUUGAUGACAAACAUUUGAAAACAUUAUUAAAGUAAUCCUUCGACCUUAGCUUCAUGAAAUGCCCGGACUAUCUAGUUUGACUACAGUAUUUAGACAUCCAGCAAAGAUGAGACAGACUCCAUUAUAAAAGGACAACGUAAAAAUACCUGACAAAUAUUAUCUACAUAAGAAUUCUUAAUUUAUGAUACGGUCAUCCUGGUGUUCGUCUCUUUUGGUUGAAGAUAAAUUAAUACCUUGUCUCCUGCACGAUAAAAGUCUAAAGUCCCAGACAAAAUUUUGUUUGAGUUUUGUCUCUUAGGAAACAGUCGUUCUUUAUUGACUAUAUAUUUGGCGUACAUAAAAUGUCUGUUUUCCAUUGAUUAAUUUCCAUAGUAAUUCACAGGUUUAACAAUGUACAAUUAUUGUGUGACCCUCUCUUCAUUCUCUAUUGACUUGCAAUUGACGUUCUUAUAAAGGUUUGUUCUGUAACAUAUGUAUUUUAUUUAUAAAAUGGACGUAGAGAAUGAGAUGAACGAAGACUUACAUAUUCUAUAAAGAAAAUUCUUUUAAUGUAUGUUUGAAUAAAUAAUUGUUAUUUGUA